AUGGCACGCGGCGACUCCCUCGACGCGCCCAUCACUUUUGAGGAAAAUGAUGAUGAAAACCCCAGGUAUCUGCAUGCGCCUGUACCAGUACCACCUGUAAGACGGUUCAAUACGCAGACGCUGGAACAGGGUGAUAUUGAAGAGGUGGAGCAUCAAACUGCCUGGGAACAAGCCGUCGCACAAAGAGCAAGGGUGAAACAGAAACAGUCUAUCAACCAGCUACUAAGGGGCCAUCAACAAGUUGGACAGAGAAGCAUUACAGAACCACCACUGAAACGGCCGCCAUCAGUCAAACCCAUCACUAUUAUCGAUCUGCUGACCGAUGAAGACGAACCAGUCCGCCCCAGAGUGACGCAGCAACUUACAGGCGCGGAGCUACUAAACCAAUCAAUUCUCGACGUGUGUCUAUCGUCAGCUCAGCGUCCUGAACAGUACACGGAUACGGUCAUCCCACAGCUGUCAACCUCACGCCCUCCACUGGAGACUACACAACCCAGUAGCUUCCUAUCGCAGACAUCUCCAGUCAGGUCUGUGCCAGCUAUUCCCAUCGGUGCAAUACUGAACCACGACACUGGCUUCUCCAUAUCUACUGCAGACAAACCACAAUACCCAUACCCGUCGCACAAACCCGUGGCAACAAAUGACACAGUACCUUCAUUCUCGCAACCAAUCGGGGAUCUCCCCGACCACCAGCGCGAACGGGCCACUUGCCGUCGCGUAAACACCUCUGAGCGCGCAACCGCGGCAGCGCAUGCCAACAAACUCGAAUCGCCGUUUCCUAUGGCUGCAAAAGCCCGUAUGGCUGAUUUCUCCGGUAGUGUCACUUUGGUUCAACCGAAACAAAAAGCGAUCAAGUCGGUGAGGCAAAAGAACUACGUCCAAAUCAGAGCGCCGCAACAUUUGACAAGCAGUCACAAAUCAACAAACAAUCACAGAUUGACAGAAUAUCAUCACAAAUCGCCAUACGCAUUGCAAGAUGAAGUCCAAGUUCACAGAGAGUCGACCAAUGCAGAACCUCGAGCCGUGAGCCCUGCACCAUUUCAAGGGCCCCUAUCUCAGAAUAACACCAUUUCCAAUCUUGAAGUUAGUCUAACGGAAAGGCCAAAAGGCCGCGAUGCCAGACUAGAUCCACUGCCUUUGAGCCCUCAAGAAAAAGCUGAGUCUGUUCCUCACGAUCAUCCAGAUUUCCAAGAGCACCAUGGAUAUAAUCCUGCAGCGCUUCUACGGACAUUUAGUGAGACAGCACCCAACACGGCAAACACAACACCGGUUGAGGUGUCUUUCCGCAAAGCCACACCACCUGUGAAGGAUGUGACUCCUAAUAUCCAUAGCGUUUGGUCAAGUCACUUGCACGACCUCGCUGCAACACGGUCAGCAAUAGAUGAAUGCCUAAAACGACAUAUUGCUGAGCGGAACGAAGCGCAUGCGAAGUUGACUUGGAUUAAGCUGCGCCAUCAGAGGACGUGUCAAGAACGAGACCUCCGCGCCCGCCGCAAACAGAAGUUUCUCACCCAGAAGACUUUUCCAGAGGAAUUCAUUCAACACACUUCUCCCUUUGCAGAUAUACCUGUCGUACAAAUGCCGUUUGAUCGAAGCUGGGCCUCUAAAGGUCUCCCUGACAUGGCGCAAGAGGUCUUUGCAAAAGCCAAACCAAAAGAUACAGUAUUUCGGUCCGGAUUAUCUGCACAUACAACAAAGUUCCGGUCGGAAGCUGUCGUCAUACCUCCUUUCAAGGAAUAUGUUAGCUUGAGAAACAAUAUUCUGGCUGACAACGAGUCAAAGUUGCUCGCGACACCAUAUUUUGAAGAUGAAGAUUACGAAAGUCGGCGGGCUCUUUUGGAUGCGCUUCCGUUUAUAUACGAAUUAACACACGACGAGAAGGGACCAAUUGAUCUGCGGAAAGAGCAGUGUCGGUUCUACAAAACUGCAAUCGAAGCUUUCCUGAGCGAGAUUGGUGUGACUUGGAACGAAGUCCUAUACUGGUUGCUAGCACCCGGUGAUGUUAUCAAGCAUAUCAAUGCUGGCAUGUCUGGAAGUGAGAAUUUCUCACCAAUAUUGCUUGACAGAUCGCAGUAUAGUAUUGAGGAGUUUGAGCGAGACGAGGGGGUCAAGGAAACAAUAUUAUUCGACCGUGACGAUGAGAAAUGGCAAGACUUUAUCGCACAACUCGAGAGACCUUCUGCAACAACCCUGAGGCUAGCAGCUACAGCUUGCUCUGCUGUGCUACAAGAAUGCGAAUUCAGCAUUUGGUAUCUGGCCCAACAGUCUGAUGUUGUCCAGAACAACAUUAUGAGAAAGACUUUAAGCGGGAAAAAUCCUGUCCAAUCUUCAUAUAGACAGAUUUGGUGCAGGGUGUGUCACCAGCACAAUUGUCUCCUCCAUGGCGAGUUAAGGCAAGUUCCCGAAGAUUCGUGGAUGACUGAGUCAGACGAGGACGAGGACGAGUUUCAGAGUAGCCGCCGUGGCUCAGGAAGCACACUCGACGAAGACUCAGGUCCCUUGCCUGCCCAUUUCGACGACGAUACAGACAUUGAGAAAGUGAUCAACUACAAGCUACCAGCAAACCCCGACGCAUUCAAUGUCUAUCCCGAAUCAGAAAUGAUUGCGUCUAGAGGCGCAAAACCACCACCAGGAAAAUUCAAUGCACACUGGUGGUUGCAACGCGACCUGGUGCAGCACUGGGAAAAGCGUAAACCGUUCUUUCCAUGCAAUCACGAGGGUAGCUGCGAGGAUGCAAAAUGCCGGUGCUACAGGGAGGGUAUCACCUGCGAGAAGACUUGCAAGUGCUCCCAAUCAUGCAAUCGGCGGUUCCCCGGUUGCGGCUGUUUGGUCAUUCCAGGAAGGCGGGUUUGUGAUUCAGACAAAUGCCUCUGUGUCAAAUUCAACAGGGAGUGUGAUGCAGAACUUUGUGGUUCAUGUGGCGCAACUGAGAUCCUCGAUCCUGUCAAUCGAUACAAUGAAGACGUGGUGGCUCGCAACUGUUUCAACGUGGCAAUCCAGCGGGGUGUUCCUCGAAAGACUUUGCUUGGACACUCAGAAGUACAUGGAUUUGGGCUGUACAUGGGCGAGGAUAUCGAGAAAGGAGAGUAUAUUGGCGAGUACACUGGCGAAGCCAUCUCAGUCAAUGAAGGCAACCGCAGACUUACCAUCUACGACUAUCAGAAGACGAUGUAUCUAUUUCGUCUGAACUCGAAACAAGAAGUGGACGCCACCUAUAUGGGCAACAAGCUCCGCUUUAUUAACAAUGCUGACGACAAGUACACCAACUGUGCGCCGAGGAAUCUUCUCUGCAACACUGUCUUUCGCAUAGCACUUUUUGCCACAGCGAACAUUAAGGCGGGUACAGAAUUGUACUUCAAUUAUAAUUAUCCGAAAGAGAAGACAGCACAGUUCAAGCAACCGAACGGCAAGGUUGUUGCGGUUAAAGAGACCAAGCAAAAGGUGAAGAGAGUGGAUGCAGGCAGCAAAAUUGGCCAGCCAGUUGUGGAGCGCGACCGAUCACGUAUAUUGGCAGCUACCGCAAAGGCUAGAGCCGCAAAAGCGGCUAAGAGGGCGGCGAUGCUAGAGGAAGAAGCCAGAUUGGCGAAGGCAAAGUCUUUACCAGGGCCAUCCCGAGCACGCAAAACUGCCACUGGCACGCCUGGUGUGAAGAGAGCGUCGAAGCUGCGAGACAGUCUCCGUAGAAACGAGUCUACUGGCUCUGACACUGGCAUCGACGUUGAAGUGAGUGAUGGCGAAAUGUCCGUAGCUGGUACAUCACAAGAGACGACGACAAGCCAGUACGUGGAGGACACGGACGAAGAUGAAGAAUUCAUUACGGGCGAUAGCCAAGAAAAUAGAGACGAUAACGUGCGCAGGUCUGCACGGCAUGGUAGUGUGGUGGGGCGCCGGAGGCCGGGCAGACCGCGAAAGAGGGCAUCUGAUGUUGCGCCGGUGAUGGUCAGUGAGAGGAGGAGUGGGAACUUGGGUGGAGCACGGCCAGGUGCUGGUACAAAGAGGAAGAGACCCGUCAUUCUCAACAGUGAUGACGAGUGA